AUGAGCGACAAGGUUUCGAUCAACUUGGACAAAAUUCUGGUCAAGCUAGCUUCCCAGAUAGAAAAAAAUCGCAGCGCUAAGGAACAUGUGGAUCAUCAGAUAAAUUUGUGCACAGAAAAAAUCACAGAAAAGAAGAAUCAGAUUGCUUGGUUGGAGGAAAAUAUAAAAAAAGGCAAUGAGGCACUUGCUGAUUUGCAGAAGCAGAAUGAAAGCAGCAAGAAGCACUGUGAUGCCUGGAAGCCCACCUAUACAAUUCUUAAAAAGCAUGGAGAAUAUUUGAAAAAUGAAAUGAAAGCUUUAGAGGAAGCUACAGAAUGUGAGAGGAAAAUAUAUGAGGAUUCCAUAACCCAGUGUAGAAUGACUUUGGAGGAACACCGCAAAAAAUACACAGAAAGUGCUCUUGCCCAGAAGUAUUACCAAAAAAAGGAAGAAGUUGAAGAAAUUCAAAAGAGAGUUUUGAAACGCCUUGAAAAAUACAAAUGGAAAGAAGAUGCUUGCUUGGAUAUUAUGGAGGCUGUUCCUUUUACAUCCAUAAAUGACUGGGCUGUACACAUUGCCUCUGUGAGGAAAAAAACACAGGAAACCUUGCAGCUUGCUGAAGCUGCUGCACAGGAAACCAUCAAACUGGAAAAAGAAGCAGAAGAAUUACAAACGAAAAUUGACUGCUUAAAAAAGAGGUUCAAGGAGGCUAAAGAAGAUCAAAAUAAUUCCAAAAAGAUUAAAGGAAAAAAUCAGAAAAAUCUUGAGAAGCCAGAAGAAUUUAAGGAAAGGGUGUUUGAAGAGCGUGAACAGCCAUCUUUGCCAAAGUGGAGACAUCAGCUGUAUAAAACAUUGCAUGUCCCUUGCAUUCCUCAGAAAUUUGUCCAGUCUGUACAGAGUUUUAGAUUCUCAAAGCAAAGACCAGAAACAGGGAAAGGAGAAAAAGAGAAAUCAGUGGAACUUUCAGUGGUUACCAGCAGUUCCUCCAACCUUGCAGAAAAUUUAUCACAGAUGGUUAUUGACACUGCAGGGACUAAUCACCCACAAAUUGCCCAAGUUCCAUCAAGAGUGAGCAUAAAAAACCAAGUGAAAUUCAGACUGUCAGAUCUUCCAAAGCAGUUGACUUCCAAUCAACAGUUUGAGAGUGAAAAUGCAGUAAUGGCAAGCCAGGAGGCCAAACAUGUUGAUGAAGAAGCAGAUGAGCACAUGGACUGUUCGUAUGUAUCUCAAGAUGUGCACACAGGUUUUAAGCCAAAUGAAGAUAAUCCUGACACAGAAGAAGAAAGUGCAGAACCUUUCUUAAGAGCACCUAAAACACCUGAUUUAAAGGGGAAAACCCCAUACUUCUCAAAAACACCUCUAUUUGACUCCAUUCAAAAUUUAGGUUGUGAAGAAGGAACAUCAAAAUCUCCUGCUUUCUUUUCUCACAUGAACUUCUCCCAGAAGUCACCUGGCUUUAAUUUAUUUGAUUCUUCUCUGUUUGGAGCACAAAAUUCAUCUGAUGAGAUGGAGGAAAAUUAUUCCAUGGGAAACCUGAACCCUCUGUCCCCACAUGAAGAUAUUGGAAGCUUCUUUGGGAAACCAGAAAAUGAGGAUGCAUUUACCUUUCCCUUCCCCUCGGAAUCAACUUCCCAUGCAUUUGGAGAUGGAAAAGAUGAUGUUGGUUUUUCAUUUCCCUUUGGACAGGAUCAGAGAUCAUCACCGUCUCCUUCUAUGAAAGGUUUUCAUUCUUCCACACAAAAUACAAAGCCAUUUACAUUCUUUUGAAUACCUUUGACUUCCUUUAAAUUAUUUUCCUACUUAGCCUUGACAAAUGUUUCCAGUUUCUUGAGUUAAAGUACAAAGCAUUUCUUCUCCUUCCAUUUCUUGUAAGAAUACAUUAUUGCAAUUGCUGCACUGUAUGUUCAUCAACCACACAUUUUCAGAUUUUCUUACUUAUCUUUGAAAUGUGUUUGUUCAUAAACUGUUAUUAUAUG